ACAGACACACACACACAGACACACACAGACACACACAGAGACACACAGACACGGAAGAGAAGCCGAGAGGGCGCGACACACGCACACACUCAGUCUUGUACCCGGUGAGCAGGAAGAGGUUCGGGCGGUUCGGAGAAGAUGCCGCGGGUUGUUCCGGACCAGAGGAACAAGUUUGAGAACGAGGAGUUUUUCCGCAAGUUGAGCCGAGAGUGUGAGAUUAAGUACACCGGCUUCAGGGACCGGCCCCAUGAGGAGAGACAAGCCCGCUUCCAGAACGCCUGCAGGGACGGCCGCUCAGAAGUU